AUGAUUCUAAGCUAUUUGUUGAUAUUACCGCUACUACUUGGCACCACUACCACACACUAUCACAAGUCGAAAUUUCCGAUUGACAUUGUCGUCGGUUUGCCGAAGAAUGACGACGACACGGCGCGUAAUCCGUUCCUGCUUACACUCGCCAAAUCGCGGCCGGUGUUCGAUGUGGCGCUGGAAGACGUCUACAUGUUGGGCCUCCUUCGUCCCGCCUCGCUAUCGAUCACGUUUGAAGACUCGGCGUGUUCGGACGCCAUCGGACCGCAGAAGAUGAUUGAGCACUACGUGAAUCAGACGGUCGAUGCCAUCAUGGGUCUGCCGUACGUCUACGCGUUGGCGCCGAUCGCGCGAAUCAGUCAUUUCUGGAACAAAGGAGUGCCGGUUUUCACGACGACCGCGUUGGCCGACGAGCUCGGCGAUCGAAAUGAGUUCCCAUUGUUGACGCGAGUGAUGGGCAGCUACAAGAGCCUCGGCAAAUUGGUGACGCGAAUCGCCGAACGAUUCCGAUGGCAUCAUUACUAUUUCAUGUUCAAUGAUGAGGUGGCGAGAGGAAACAACAAGGGUCGAUCCGAGUGCUAUUUCUCGUUGUCGGCCAUCAAAAACAUGAUAUUCCACAAUAAUUCGACGAUUUGGGAUGUGAAGAUGUUCUCCGAGUACGCGAUGACACGGCACAAGUAUCGCGAAUACCUCCGAGACGCCUCGCUGUUCAGUAAUUUGAUCAUACUAUGCGCUUCGCCGGAUACUGUAAGGGAGAUCAUGCUGGCCGCACACGACCUCGGCAUGGCGACGAGCGGCGAAUACGUGUUCAUCAACAUCGAUGUCUCGACAGGAUCGCACGCCGAGAAGCCGUGGAUUCGCUCCAACGACACCAACAACAUUGAGAAUGAGAAGGCGAAAGAAGCGUACCGGGCAUUGAAGACGAUCUCGUUGCGAAGAUCCGAUCUCGAUGAGUACAAGAAUUUCGAGUCGAGAGUGAAGAAGCGCGCCGAGGAGAAGUACAACUAUUCGCUGAUCACCGGAAAGGAAUACGAGAUGAACAAUUUUAUCAGCGCGUUUUACGACGCCGUCCUUUUGUACGCGAUUGCGCUGAAUGAGACGAUUCGAGACGGAAUGGAUCCUCGGAAUGGACACAACAUCACGUCGAGAAUGUGGGGACGAACAUUCGGCGGAAUAACUGGAAAUGUGUCGAUUGAUAAGAACGGCGAUCGAUAUUCCGAUUAUUCGCUGCUUGAUUUGGAUCCGGAGAAGGAUAAAUUCGUGGAAGUUGCGUACUAUUCGGGUGCUUCGAAUGAGCUUCACACUGUUGGAACACUUCAUUGGGUUGGUGGAAAACCGCCGACGGAUUUGCCGAUUUGCGGUUACGACAAGAGCAAAUGCCCGCAAGGAUAUCCGCUUCAUGUAUAUUUGUUAUUCGGAUCCGCUCUUCUGAUACUUGUCCUUGUGUGCCUUUUCGUGUUCUUCUGGCGUCGCUACAAACUUGAGCAGGAGCUUGCGGCGAUGAGCUGGAAGAUUCGAUGGGAAGAGCUUGAUGGCGAGGAAUCAGCAAAAAAGGAGAAGAAAAAAUCGAAAAAGAAGAAGAAUCACGAUGGAUAUCUUCCCGAAUCUGAUCCACUCCUCCGAUCCACGAGUCGAUCUUCAGUCAACUCGGAUAAGUUCGAAGAAGAAAGUCUCAUACCGAUGAGAAUUCGAUUGAGAUCUUCGAGUUCUGGAGCGACACGUAAAAUAUCGGCGAUGAUUGAUCGAAAAUUGAGCAUUUUUACGAGGAAAAAGAGUCAACCGGCAGCUGAUCCGACGAAGAAUGGCGGAUUGACACCGAACUCGCUUCAGAAAGCUGAGAAUGGAGAAUGUUCGCCGCUGAAUGAGGUUCAGUUCCGAUUGCCGCUGAAUGAUAGACGCGUCUCGUCGCCGUCGUCGAAUUCGGAUCCGAAGAAAAAGAACAGCAAUGAAGAGGACAACGACAAUGUUGCGAAGAAAUCAUUAAGCUUGAAAAAUCGAAAAUUGUCGUUUGGAAUGGUGUCGUUCAAGAGCGGAAGUGGCGGAUCGAUCGAGACGAUCGCACAGAAUAACACGCAGAUUUAUACCAAAACGGCAAUUUAUAAGGGCGUUAUGGUGGCGAUCAAAAUGCUCAAUAUUGAUCCGAAGAAGUAUCCGCGGUUGGAUUUGUCGAGAGCCCAAUUGAUGGAAUUGAAGAAGAUGAAAGAUUUGCAGCACGAUCACAUUACGAGGUUUACUGGUGCUUGCAUUGACUAUCCGCAUUAUUGUGUUGUCACCGAGUAUUGUCCGAAAGGAUCGCUCGAGGACAUUCUUGAGAAUGAGAAGAUCGAGCUCGACAAAAUGAUGAAAGUCUCGCUGCUUCACGAUCUCGUCAAAGGCUUGUAUUUUCUGCACAACAGCGAGAUUCGAUCGCACGGAAGGCUGAAGUCGUCGAAUUGCGUCGUCGACAGCCGAUUUGUGCUCAAAGUCACCGAUUUCGGAUUGCACAAACUGCACGCGCUCGAGGAGACGAACAUUGAGGAGAUUGGAGAGCACGCGUUCUACAAGAAACUUCUUUGGACGGCUCCUGAGCUGCUCCGAGACCCGAAUGCGCCGCCGAUGGGAACACAAAAGGGAGAUAUCUACUCGUUUGCGAUCAUUCUUCAUGAAAUGCUCUUCCGACGAGGCGUAUUCCCACUUGAGAACGAGGAUUUGUCGCCAUGCGAGAUCAUUCAACGCGUCACGAAACAGCCGAGUUCGGACGAGGAACUCGUUCGACCUUAUGUUCCGGACAUCAUUGAAGGCGAUGAAUCGGUGAACGACACCCUGCUGUCACUGAUGGUGGCGUGUUGGUCGGAGGAUGCUCACGAGCGGCCUGAGGUGUCGCACGUGCGGAAGGCGGUGAGAAGUUUGAAUCGCGACAACGAGACGUCGAAUCUCGUUGAUAACUUGCUCAAACGAAUGGAACAAUAUGCGAACAAUCUCGAGGGUCUCGUUGAAGAGCGAACGCAGGAAUAUCUUGCUGAGAAGAAGAAGGUCGAGGAUCUGCUGCAUCAGCUGCUUCCGCCUUCUGUUGCCGAUCAGCUGAUAUCGGGUCGAGCGGUUCAAGCGGAAUCGUAUGAUUGCGUGACCAUCUACUUCUCGGAUAUCGUUGGCUUCACUUCGCUAUCGUCGCAAUCGACGCCGAUGCAGGUCGUUACGCUUCUGAACGAUCUUUAUCUGGCUUUCGACGGGGUUGUUGAUAACUUCAAGGUGUACAAAGUUGAAACAAUUGGUGAUGCUUAUAUGGUUGUGUCGGGACUGCCAGAGAGGCGCGAUGAUCAUGCUUCGCAGAUUGGACAAAUGUCGCUGGCGCUGCUGCAUAAGGUCAAGAAUUUCAUAAUUCGACAUCGUCCGCAUGAGCAGCUCAAAUUAAGGAUCGGAAUGCAUUCGGGUUCUGUGGUUGCUGGUGUCGUUGGUUCGAAAAUGCCUCGUUAUUGUCUAUUUGGUGACACGGUGAACACGUCGAGUCGAAUGGAGAGCAAUGGUUUACCUCUUCGAAUUCACGUCUCGCAACAAACGCAUGACAUUCUGACGCGCGAUCCCGGAUUCCGAUUAGAUCUUCGCGGAACCGUUGAAAUGAAAGGCAAAGGGCUGCAGACGACGUACUGGCUGAAAGGCUACAAAGAAAUCGAGAUACCCGACUUCGGUCCCGAAUUCAAAUAG